AUGCACGAGGACCACACUGGACCAUGCCUGAUCGGCAGCCGCGAGGACGAAGCAAGUCGGACGACAGUCGUAUCGCGCGAAUCUCAGAUGCGCACGGCGAGAGGCAAGCUCGCACACCAGGCCCUUCAAGUCGAAUAUCUUGUCCUUCUCGUACGUCGCACACCCCACCUCCCAGAACCCCUUCUCACCACCGCUAUGGGUAUCUUUCAUCUGUUUACGCUUGCGCGCGGCCGCGCGCGACUCGGGGAAGGCCACAUCAACUGGGUGAGCCUCGUACUCCAGAGCGAAGUCAAUGGGACUGGCCUUACGAUUCUGCUCCCGACGUGCGACCCCGACAAUCUCGACCCGGAAUUCUUCGACGGCUGGCUCACGGCCAUCCAAGGGCCCAUCGUCACAGCCGCGGCGGACGACGACGACGACCAGCGCGCGUUCCUACUGCGCGUGGUCCUCACCUACCGCGCGUUCGCCACGCACGAUGCCAGGCUCACCCUCAGCAAGUAUAUCGCAUUCACGACAAUGUUCGUCGUCAGCGCGCUCGCUCUCGACCGGGAUGAAGACGCCGCCACCGACAUCGCGGAGAUCGACGAGUGGAUGACUAACAAUGUCCCCCUGGAAAUCCUCGAGCCGCGCGACCUGCCGGCUCGUACGGAGGAGCAGUUUGGCAUGCCGCCUGUCGCAUGGCGAGUCCCCGGGCACACGGUGGUCACCACCGAUGGCUGGACCUCCCCGGCUCUCGACCCCUCCAUGCCGAGGGAAACUAUCCACGUCCUAUCCGUUCCCGCCUCCUCCUCCUCCCCCUCCAUCGCAGAGGGCUCCACAUCCCGCGCGCCCGUGUCUGCGUCCGGCGCCAGCGCGAUCACGUCGCGCGCGCCCGUGCCUGCGUCAGGCGCCAGCACGACCACGCAUGCCGUUAACGGAGCUCCUACGUCCUUCACCGGCAUGCCGAUGGCGAACGACGACGGCGCAUACGAUAGCGAUUCGUCUAUGCCAGGGCUGAAGACGCCUUCUGAUGGGUCGGAUGACGGGUACUAG